AUGCAGGCUCAGCGUCAGGACUCAAUCGAGAGCCAAGCUCGCAAACAUGGUCUCCGUGCUGAUUUGAGCACCCGAACGAACGCUGGACACGGGGCUACCGUCUUCCUCCCCAUCGGCAUCCACAAGCUCGUGAAGGGAUGGGGCCCGACGGGGAUCAAGCGGGUUCUCUUCGAGUUCACUCCCAAGGUUGAGCAGGCACUGCUCGAGCGCGGUUCCUCCGCGAAAGGGCUUGACCAUCUUCUCGUGGAAACACAUCCCUAA